AUGGCCAGCACCAGCUUGACGGCCUCCUACCUGACGCCCGAUCCAAGCUUCAAUUGUGCUCUGUUUUUUCUUUUCUACUUCAACCGGCUGUUUGCGACCCUCCUUUCCUAUGCGAUCCGAGCUUACACCUGGCACUACUACCGCGUUUAUGUCGAUAUCAAGGCGCUGCAAAUAUCCCUAUUGGGAGGCAGAAUAUUUUUCAAGGGAAUUCGGUAUCAUGGAGUGAACGAGACAAUCUUCGUCCACGGAGGAUUCAUAACAUGGCGGUAUUGGAAGCGCACAGUCGAGCGGACGGACCUUUCACAUGCGGAACACAAGAGCAACGGUUCAAAUGCCCCCGAAAACGACCUGAGCGAAGCCUUUCCUGGUGACCCUUCGGACGAGAGAAUUGGAGAACAAGGCGGUGUCAAGAAAACGAUUGAGCUACCAUGUCGGAUCUCAAUCACAGCCUAUGGCCUUGAGUGGUUCAUAUACAACCGGACCCCAGCAUAUGACAGUAUCCUCGCAGGCUUUGGCUACAAAGACGGUAAUUUACGCGAAGACGACGGUUCCUUUCUGUCUCCACCAGAGGCUCAAUCGGAGCCCCGGGGUACCGAUAGUACAUCAAGUAUCAGGCCUGGGGAUGCAGCGAAAUCGACAUCCGACAACCUGUCCGAGCACAGCAUGGGUGAAGGGCAGAAUCUGAACCCUCGGAAGACAGAGAUUCGCGACUCGGAACUGUCCGAGCCCGUGUCUAAUCUGCUGCAGCUGCUCCCAGUCAAACUGGAUUGCAGAAAAGGAGCCAUUGUUAUGGGUAAUGAAAACACACGAUCUGUUCUCACCACAACAUUUGACAGUGCAGAGGGUACAAUCGCCGCAUGCAAUGCAGGUCCACUGGACCUAUAUCGGCAACUCUUUUCCUUCAAGUUCGACCACCCGGUAAUCCAAAUGCGACCAAAUCCAGAUUUCAAACAAAGCCAAAUCACGACUGCAAAGAUCCUUGGUGCGGUCAAAGAGGAAACUUCAUCUUCAGAGCGUAAGCGGUAUCCUUUCAGCUACAAGUUGCAGAAACGCAAGAUAUGGCACAGCGUCCGUGAGCUGGUCCCGUAUUUCCAGACGUCCGUUGAGUCAUUCCACGCCAGCAUCAGGCAAAAUGAAAAUAUGCCACGAAGUCAGGCUGAGUUUCCAGACGUUCGAUGGGUCGGCCUUUCUCGAUAUCUGGACGAAGAGAAUGACGAUGAUCACGAACAAUGGAACUCGGUUGAGUAUGGUCGAUUCUCCACGAUCCUCGACAGUCCUCGCUUGCAUUUGGUCUAUUUCUGGGAUAUCCCGGGGCGCGUUGGCCCUGAUGUCCCGAGACUUGCGCACUCAGACCAGCAUACGAACACAAAUAUCAACCAGGCUCUUCCGCCGGAAUGGGGGAUUGAUCUAAAGAUUGACGGAGGUGACAUCAACUAUGGACCUUGGGCGGAUAGGGAACGCGUCGGCUUACAAAAUGUCUUCUUUCCGAAUUUUUAUCGAAGCUCUGAACCUGCUGAACACUUGGCACCGGGGGUCUUGCGACAAAGCACGGUCUUCAGGUUGCGAGUGGAAAUCAAUAAGGAGCUCACUCUCCGCAUUCCGACCCGAGAGCCGUCCAAGGAUUGGAUUUGGAAGGGCCGAGCAGACGCCAUUCGAGGAGCCUCAAAGGCCAAAAAGCAAGCCGAGAGUAGGAAGCGCCGGCCAAAAGAGGGCGAGAAGGGACACAUUGGCCCUGACAUUCGCCCUUUUGGAUGGCUUUCUCUCCGUGUUGGCCCUGAUUCUACCGUCAAUUAUACUAUGGAUAUGGUUGCUUCGAGCGUCGGGUUUUGCAACGAGCUCUCACUGGAUCUUCGAGAGUCGAAAAUGUCAUCCAGUGUGAAUCAUGGGCUGCUAUGGCAGUGUCCUCGUCAUCUGGUAACUUGUGACUUGUCCAACCCUCUCAUUUGGAACAAUCUCCGAUCGUGGCAGUUUAACGUCAAGAGCCAAGAUAUGGAGUUAUUCCUCCUGCGGGAUCACAUCUUCCUUUUGACAGAUCUCGUCAGUGAUUGGGCAUCGGGGCCUCCGUCUGAUUACCAUACGUUCGUGCCUUUCAUCUACAACAUUGAUCUUACUUUCUCAAACCUUCAGCUUUUUAUCAAUGUGAACGACCGUAACAUCAUCAGCAACCCUUCCGAUUUGGAGGACAAUCGAUUCAUUGUCAUCAAGGGCAGGAAUUUGACGUCAAACGUCAUGAUACCUCUGAACAAAUACCAGCCAGAGCAAAAUGCAGUCGAAUUCAAGGUCAAUCUCGAGGAUGGAGGCGUGGAUUACCUCAUCCCUCUGUGGGACACACUACACGCUUUCCUGCCUGGGAAGUCUAUGGCAACACUGGAAAGCCUUUUCAUCGACGGAUCCUACAACUAUUUCUCCGCCACGUCACCAGAGCUGAUAGAUACAUUGGCUCUGAACAUUGACGGUGUGUCACCACGGCUUUAUCUCUAUGGCUUCUUAAUAAAGAGCUUCAUGGCAGUUCGAGAGAACUAUUUCGGCGACGAGAUGCACUUCAAGACCCUGGAGGAAUAUCAAGAACUUGCCUAUGCCGACGCGCAGCCUUCAAAUCCUACGGGAAUCAACCCUAACAGGAAGUCGAACGAUAUGGACGUUUUGGUCCAUGUCACCGUUGAUCGUCCAUGUGCUUUGCUGCCUGAAAGCAUUUAUGACAAUUCAAGAUGCUCUCGCAUCUGUGCUGCAUCGCUCGAGGUUGACCUGAGGUUCACGAACUACUACAUGGACAUGCAACUUUCAAUCAGUCCGCUUAAGCUGGAUUUGCAAUCUCCUCGGCCUGAUGGCUCCUCUGUCAUAUCUAGCACCCAGCUGUUCAUCGAUGGCAUUUCAGCUUAUGGUCAUCGUCUUUUUGGACUGCCUCCCGCGGAGCCGACUUAUGUUUGCAACUGGGACUUUGAUGUUGGUAAAGUUUUGGGCGAAUGCUCUACAGAGUUCCUUGCGUGCCUGGCGUCUGGUCUUGAAAGCUUCGACUUUUCAUUUGACAAUGAAGAGAAUGCGCUACACCCACUUUUCCCGCCGAUCCUCUUUGAUGUCACCUUUCUGAGAGCCAACAUUGCCUCGAUUCACAUCUCUGUUCUUCUUGACGAAAUCGCUGUUAUUCUAGAUUCUCAACCCUUGUCAAUCAGAUUCAAUGAUUGGGCAAACUCGAAAUUUUCGAAACGAUUGAGCUUGACGGCCCCCGGCAUUACCCUUGCUGCGGUGGAUCGUCAAUCGGUCCCCCUGUCUCUUCGGAUGACCGACAAAAAAAUAUCUCCGCUGGGUCUAAUUGAAAUGGCAAUUGGGCUUAAGAUGGCCCUUCGUAGGCGAGAUAUUGCGGAGAGCCGACGCUUGCAACAAGAACACAUCAAGGUUCAAGAUCAGCGAACCCACCGGGCUCAAUGGCUUCUGUUUGAUUGGGAAGAAAUCGCUCCAACCUCAUCACUUCCGCACGGGGAUGAUACGAUCUCGCCCCCUACGAUGCCAAUACCAUCUAUGCCCGAGCCCAUAAACGGAAGACAUAGAUCGGCGACUGCCUCUUAUCGCGGGUUCUCGGGAACACAUGCAGCCGCAAGUUCCAGGAGCUUCUUGGUACAUUCCGAGAGAUCAAGCCUCCGAAGUCUCAAAUCUUCCCCUAAGAACCUGUCUCGAUCUUCAUCUAGAUCCGAGCCGAAAGGAAGACCCGUUCCAACUCCUCGGGAUGCAAGCUGGUCCACUGUGCAAUUGAGCAAGGCUAAGGACAGUCCAUAUUCCCCAACGGCUAUUCGAGAUGCCAAUCCUUGGAUCAUACCUCAUUUUUCCUAUUGGAAGCUUUCCUUGGAUAGAACAGAGCUACCAUCGUCGAUCAACGGGGAGAACACGCGCGACAGGGAUACUGACACCGGGGCAAACAGCAAAUCAAUGUUUCUGACAUUUGAGGAUGACCAAACCACGUAUACCAAUCUUGCUGUCAAUCUUCCCCUGGGCAUUAGAGGUUUCUGCACCCCUAAAUUUAUUCACAGCGUGGCUUUGUUGAUGGAUGGAAUGGAACCGAAACGUCCAAUCCAAAUCAUUGAUUCCCUCCAGAAAGAUGUGAUUUCCGAUAUUGUUGGAUAUGACAAGGCGAUGUCCCAGCCAAAGAAGUCAACAGCUAUCGCCGUUCGAGUUCCGACAAUUCAGUUGCGCCUCGUUGAUGUAUCGGGUUGUCCAGACCAGAGACAGGUUGAGUUUCGUGAUGAGUACACAAUCUCAGUGGACAACCUUCGGGCCGAGUUUCAAAAACGAGUCGAGCGACACAAAGGAGAUCUUUUGGAAGGCGUCAAGCAGGGCAUUACCAUCCACGCAGCGGCCGAUCGUUUUUGGGUUUCAGUUGAGGGUAGCCGAACUGAUUCAUUCGAGGAAAAGGCCAGGUUUAAUUGUAGCCUGGGCGAUAUGAAUUUCUGGCUUGUAUCCGAGCCGAAUAUUCGGUCUCAUCUUCAGAUGCGACAUUUCAAUAUUGUCACAUCCGCAAAGUCUGUCGAACGCUUGGCUUUCCUUGUUCGUCGAGCUAUAACCAUGUUUGACUCCGUGGCAUCGGCUUUCCAACACAAUUCGGUUUCCAGCAAACAACGUAUGCGGUUCCUCAUUCACUUCUUGACAAAGUCGGCUGGCGAUAUCCCGGAUCCCAAUUUCCUGACACGCAUGUCGAAUGUCCUGCGUAUCGCUUCCAGUCACCUGCGUCAGCAUGAUUCAUGGAAGAUCAUUUCUCGCAUUCGCAACAUCUACCAGAAUUUGCCAGUGAAUCGCCAGCGUGAGCUAGACAGAAAAUGUCAAGGCGAUAAGUUUUCUUUACCACCUGAUGCCAAGUCAACAGUAUUGAGAGGUUUCGAUCAAUGGCGAGCCUGGGACCUUGCUCAUGUCGAUAAAAGUUAUGUGAUGCGCAAGAUUUGGUCAAGCCCCGAACCACAAGCUGUGAAUUCGGAGCCUUUCAUGUCUUUGUCAUGUACUGUGAAAACGCUUCGAGUUUCCUUGGAUCCAGGCCCAAGAGAAAGCGAUUUCAUCGUUGAGGAUCUCUCGGCUGUCGCAUCGCUUAUUCCUCACAAGGCGACUCAAGGAGGCGAGACCAAGCACAAGAAGGUCGCCACGCUGCAAUUGUACUCUUCUUCCGCUGCUCUCCGCUUGAGAUGGGAGGUCGUGGACCUUGUCGAGGGUGUGAUAAAGGUUAUGUCACCUAUGACGUUGGAAUCAUCACCUAAGCCAUCUGUUCCUGCCCCUGCAGAGCAGAAGCUAACUGAAAUUCAAAUCAUUUUCGGGACGGACUUCGGAUCUGUCACACUCGACGCCAUUAACUUGAAGUUGGCCCUAGUCUCUAGAGCUCUUCGUGGAUCUGUCAUUCAUACCUCACAGGGCACGAAGAAUACAAGAAACGAGGCCCUUGCCCUGCUUUUUAGUGCGGAAGCUUGCUCGUCAGAGCUUCUCAGCCAAUCCAGAACUCUGAUGCUGUCGAGGAUCGCUGAUCCAUACUUGUACCUCUCGCUGAUCUCUGAUGAGAAUGAACUCGAGCGCAAGCAUGAAUGGAAGGUUGCGGGCUCUUGCCGGAAGCUUCGGUAUGAGAUGAAGGAGGAUCCGGUCAGCCUGGCCCACACUGCUGAUCGUCUGAUCGAAGACGAAAUUCGGUACAUCCGACGGCUGGUGGACAAUGUCAAACUUCCAAAGUCCCAGCCUCAUCUAGCCACGGUAUCUAAGAAACCCACGCAUAACAAGAUUAACGUGGCCAUGUUCCUGGAAGAUUACCGGCUCAGCUUCAGUCUUCUACCUUCUUUGACCUAUCUGAUAUCCGGCGAAGUCGCCCGAAUGUCCGUCUUGCCCACUGAAACAUCCAAGAUCGAGGUAGAUUUCGAUAAUAAGAAGAAUCUGCAUAUUUUCACGUCGGGCGAAGGCGACCGAUCCCGGAAUCUUUCAACUUUGGAAAUGCCUCCUGCCAAUGGCCGAAUCCUUGCAAAUGUCUUCUCGGAGCGGAAAGAAGUGGAAGUUGACAUGACAAUUGAGCUGAUCCGCGUAGAAGCUAGUUCUGUACGCAGCCUUCUCGGUGUUCUGACCGGACCAGAUGUUUCCCAUCUCAUUUCAGACCUGAAGCAGAAUGUGAACGUGCUUCAGUCUCAUCUUGAAGAUACCCUUUCGCUACAGAGUUCGAAGCCCGAACCCGAACCAGUCACUCAGGAUUCGGUGAUUCUGUACAAAUCUCGACUCACAGUUGCUGGGUUUGAAAUACACGCACUUGCACCCGGUCUGAACAGCAACAAAUAUUCUGCAGAAAUGAUCUUCAGCCUCGGAAUGAUGCAGAUGCGUCUUCAGAAUGGUCUCGACCGCGGCUACGCCAUGGAGUAUCCCGAGUUUAGUGUUGAUGCCUCUCAAAUCAAUUUUGAGUUAUGCCGGCGAGAAAAUUCAAAGAGCAAGCCCUAUGGUGGCAUCUCAGCUGCCAUCAAGCUCCAAGGGACGUCCACAGUUCGAGAAAAUGGAGAGGUCAUGCGAGCGUACCAUCUUACCAGCGACAAGUUGGACCUCGAAUUGUUCGCUGAGACGGCCGCACUGGUGGUUGACAUUGCCAUCUACACGCAAGAACGCAUCAAGACUUUGGAUCUAUCUCACGAAGUCGAACGCCUGCGCAGACUUCGACAUCGCAACCAGCACCAUAACAGACCGAGAACUCCCCUCGAGGCGCCAGAGAUUCAUGUGAACGAUAAUGAUCCUGCGCAGGCUUUCUUGAAUGCCUUUUACUCAUUGGAGUUCCGAGAUAUCCAAGCAGCAUGGAAUAUGUCGACGGCGUUGUCCGGCGGGUCUUCUGGCCGGCAGCCGGAGGACUUAGUAUUCUCCAUAAAGCAGGUCGAGCUGUCCAACAAGAAGAAGAAUGCGGCCAAGCUCCGGAUUGAAAAUAUGCAGCUUCAGAUGGUACCAUUCCGCGCAGAUAGAAGGAAACGUUCCCUCAAUUCUGCUCUCAUGCCGGAAUUGGUUUUCAAUGUCGCUUACUACUCCAAUGGAAAAGAAUUGUGGCUUGCUUUCCAAGCGGCCGGAAAAUCACUUGAUAUCCGCGCAACAUCCGAAUUCAUCAUUCCGGCUAACAUGAUACGGAACUCCAUUGGAUCUGCCAGCGAGGCCUUACGAGAGGGCAAGGCUGCUUGGGCCACGAAACCGUCUCCGGACAACACCGACAAGGACAGCAAUCUAUUUGGUAAUAGGCGCCUUCGAUCGAUUCUCGUUGACGUGGAUUUCGCUGGUGCCACUGUCUCGCUACAGGGGAAGCAGAGCCAUGAUUCUCAGACUUUGUUGACUGCCACGUUGAAGGGCAGCAGACUUUCGGAGUCAAAGUAUGGUCAAUAUGUGCAAGGAGAUUCGGCAACGACGGCUACUCUCCGAGCACCAGGCGUGGCCCUGAAGGUUCAAUUCGAAGACAACGGCACUGACGAUCCGGUACUGAACGCGGAAUUGAAGGUUGAUCCAUCUACCAACGUUCUGUACCCAACUCUUGUUCCCUUGGUCAAGCAGAUGAGCGCUACGGUGAAAGAGAUUAUGGGUGAACAACAACAAACUCAGCAAGGCCACCCACGACGGGCAUCUGCGGCAGCAAAAUUGCAACCGCAGAAGUUGAUGCAAGAGACUCCCUUUGGCGCUCCAGAUCCGAACUCCAUCCUGGGACGGUGCAAGGUGAAUGUUGGGUUGCUGUUUUGUAAACAAGAAUUCAGUUUGAGCUGCCAGCCGAUCGCUAGGGUAGCUGCUACCGCGCAAUUUGAGAGUGUUUACGUGACUGUCAAUACGGUGCAGUCGACAGAGCAGGGUCGUUUCCUUGCUCUGUCCCUGGCAUUCAACGGCCUUGAGGCUUCGGUUAAGCAUGUUUACUCCAACGAGUCUACGGCAAGCUUCGAAGUUCGGUCAAUGGUUCUGUCUCUCAUGAAUAGCAAACAUCUUGGCCGAAUGAGUGGAAUGUCAGCAAUCCUGCGGGUGAGCCCCAUGAAAGUCUCCUUGAAUGCAAAGCAGCUCCAGGAUUCUCUACUGUUUCGAGAAAUCUGGCUUCCAUCGGACGAUGAUGAACCCGGCGCCGAGUCUCCACCCCCACAGCCAGAGCAGCCCGAAGCCCAAACCUACAUCGUGCAGCGAUACCAGCAGGUGGCAUCCACAUCCGCGUUCCCUUGGAAUACUACCAUCGCUGUCGAAAAGCUGGAGAUUGCGCUCGACUUAGGGUCCACCCUGGGCAAAGCCCAAUUUGCGAUUGAUAAUGUCUGGGUUUCCUCUAACAAGACAUCGGAUCGCGAACAGAGCAUGUGUAUCAAUUUCGACUCUGUUGGUAUUGAGUGUAAGGGCCGCAUGGCUGGAAUCGUUGAAUUAAACUCCUUCAAGGUCCGCACUUCCAUCAAAUGGCCCGAGGAGACGGCUGGCCACACGCCUCUUAUCCAGGCCUCGAUCGCUCUCCAGCAUCUGCAGGCCAAGGUGUCGUUUGACUACCAGCCUUUCUUAGUCGCUCAUGUUGCCGAGUUCGAUUUCCUCAUGUAUAACGUGCGCGAUGCCCCCGGCAAAGGAGGCGAGCGACUUUUCAGUAUCCUCGAGGGUGAUCAGGUUCAGGUGUUCUGCACAUCUCUGACUGCGUCCCAGACCCUGGCGCUAUUCCAGGCUUGGCAGCGUCUGGUGCAAGACAAGCAAUCGGCCUACGAGGCAUCUUUGCGGGAGGUGGAACGGUAUCUGCGGCGCAAAUCUACCGCACUCCCUGGCCGGAUAGAGGCUCGCAGCAAGGAAUUAGCCAAGAAAGACGAGGAGCCGGAACGUGCACCUGGCUCUCUUCACACCGGGGUGGUGGUCAAUAUCCGGCAUGUCAACCUCGGAGCCUUCCCCAGCUCGUUCUUCGACAAUCAGAUCUUCAAGGUUGAGGCUUACGAUGCCCAAGCCCGAUUUGGUGUGUCACUUGAAUCCAACAAGAUUCACAGCGCACUCGGUCUCACCCUUGGUCAACUACGCGUAGCUCUCUCUGGAAUCAGCCGCCCGCCGUCCGCCCACCUGGACGAGCUUUCUGUCGAAGAAAUCGCCCAACGUGCCGCCGCCUCUCGGGGUGGCACCAUUCUCAAGGUGCCGCGACUGGUGGCCGGCAUGGAAACCUGGCAGGUGCCCGGGACGCGACAGAUUGACUACAUCUUCCACAGCACAUUCGAAGGCAAGGUGGACGUGGGUUGGAACUACUCGCGCAUCAGCUUCAUCCGCGAUAUGUGGGAGACCCAUUCACGGGCAUUGGCCUCCCGACUCGGCAAGCCUUUACCCCCGUCAGCAGUCCGAAUCACCGGUGGACCCGGGAGCGGCGGUGGCCAAGGAGAAGGAGGUGGCGCGGGUGCCGAGCAGCAGGACAAGAUUACGGCAGUGGUGAAUGUGCCGCAAAGCAAGUACACCUACACGGCAUUGGAGCCGCCAGUGAUUGAAACGCCACAACUGCGGGACAUGGGUGAAGCAACACCGCCACUGGAAUGGAUAGGGUUGCAACGUGAUAAGCUGCCCAAUGUCACACAUCAGAUCAUCAUCGUGACUCUGUUGGAGAUUGCAAAGGAGGUCGAGGAUGCGUAUGGGACUAUUCUGGGGACUUGA